CUGGAGGUGUUUUUCAGCAGCAGACUCGAUUCAUCUAAAGCAUUGUUCGACAGGGCAAAAGAAAAACACCAAGAGCUAAAAAAGUUCUCGCUUCCAGAAUUCUAUUCAAACUCACCUGGUAAGGGGCUGUGGAGUGUCGCCGUCCUGAACAAGAUGAAGCUCUCCGCCGUUGUCCUCCUGGCUCUCCCUCUCCAGGCCCUUGCCGGAACCUGCUACUUCUGCGAAAACACCCCCCAUGUCGGCGCCGUCUACCCUACCUACGACUGCGGCAAGAAGUGCCAUAAGAAGAACUACAACACUUACCUGUCAACCUACCACUGCUGGAUGGAUGGCCGAAACCCAACCUGCUUCAAGAACUGCUGCAAGAGAUCUGGGAGACAGGUUGGAACUAUCACCGGCCUGUAG